AUGGCGGAAAGCUCAAAUGCGACCUCCAGCGCGCCCGAGCCCUCCGCCUCAUCGGGUCCCCCGCGGCGCACUCGUCGCCGCAUCAUCGACGUCGAUGAGGAACUGGCGGAAACCCUCCGCGAGCACGUCCUGUCCGCCGGAUGCGCCGACGACCUCAUCGACGCCGCAUUCGCCCUCGCAGCCCAGCGGAUCGCAGCCGCGGAAGACCUGCACUCCUGGUACACCAUCAGGAGCGACCUCGAGCUGAGCUGCGAUGAGACUCGCAACACAGACCUGUUCAGGUACACGUUCUUCCACUGCGCGUACCUGCAUGUCUGCGGUCUCAUCGAGGAGCGAGAGGCCUGGGUCGCCGCCUCCGCUGCGGCUGCCGAAGAAGCGACGUCGCAGCCGCCUGCCAACUACUCGCAUUUCUGUUGCCUGCAGACAAGGGCGCUGAACAAGCAACGAGCGGACACAACCAAUGGCGGCCUCUCGCGCUUCUUCCUUCGCCAGUCCCAGGGGCGUGACGGCUUGUACGAGGUGAUUCGCCAAUGGAUCGAGGACAAUGAGAUCCGGCACGACGCCGUCCUCGCAGAAACACAAACCACCGCAAACCGUCAUCACGUCAGCUUCCCUGAACGACUUUCACUCACGACAUGCGACAUGGAUCGUGAACGAGCUCCCUUUCGCAGCUAUUUCAAAGACAGCAAAAUCAUCAAGCACAAGGAGGACUUGGCUCGACAAAAACACGCCUUUGCCGUCACGAUGUUUAUUUUCCUCGAACGUCGCAACAAGAAUGCAUUGCGGCACACCCAGUGCAGCAAAGACCGUGACCCCCAGCCUGCUCACUUCUGCCGCGGGAUCGGCCUCCCCCUGGCGACCUCCCCGCGGCGACCUCCCCGCGGCGACCUCCCCGCGGCGACCUCCCCGCGGCGACGCCAUAACAAGGCCACCCCCUCCGACGAGAAGAACACUGUAAAGCGCAAGCGCGACGAUACUCUCGCCAUCCGCGCUGGCGGCGAAUCAGACGACAAGACCGUCGCGAACACUUCAGCCAAGGCCGGCGCAGACGCGCCCCCUUCCAACCCGUGGACGCCCACCAAGGGCGGCUCGGGCUACAUGUCCGUGGUGGGCACCGCGCCCAUCAAUGGGCUUCCGACUGCGGCGCGCUGA